AGGUGCCAUAUGGAUAAAGAGAUAACGCCUUGUUUGUUUAGAACAACAAGAGCAAAAACCCCUCAUUUGUAACAUUUUUCCAAAACCCCAGUCAUACCAAAAAUCUAAUCUUUCUUCAAUCUUCAAUCUCAUAAUCUGGGAAACUUGUUAAUCAAUUGGUUUAUUCAAAUUAUCAUCAAUUAAUUCAAACAAAUCAAUAAAAAAUGGCGACCAUUUCUUCGAUCCUCCCAUAUCCUAGCUUUCUUCAACACUCUUCUUCUUCAAAACCCAAACUUUUAUCACAGAAUUCGGUUCAAUUUCCUUCUUUGAAUCAUGGGUUUGGUUUAAAAGUCAAGACUAAUCAUAUUUCAUUGGUAAGAGUUCGAGCUGCAGUAGCUGAAGAAACUUCAUCUGGUACCUCAUCUUCUACUGGAGAAGGAGCUCGAAGAUUGUACAUUGGCAACAUUCCAAGGAAUGUCAACAAUGACGAGCUCCGACGUAUCAUUGAAGAGCAUGGUGCUGUUGAGAAAGCUGAGGUGAUGUAUGAUAAAUAUUCCGGAAGAAGCAGAAGGUUUGGGUUUGCAACAAUGAAAACUGUUGACGAAGCAAAUGCAGUUAUUGAAAAGUUAAAUGACACAGAAAUUGGUGGACGUAAAAUCAAAGUAAACGUAACCGAGAAACCAUUGCAAGGUACGGAUAUAUCAUUGCUUCAGGCAGAGGAAUCACAAUUUGUUGACAGUCCCCAUAAAGUUUACGUGGGUAAUCUUGCAAAGACAGUAACGACUGAGGUGCUCAAGGAUUUCUUCUCUGAGAAAGGGACGGUUCUGAGCGCCAAGGUUCAACGAACACCAGGGACCUCCAAGUCUAGUGGUUAUGGAUUUGUUAGUUUCUCUUCAGAUGAGGAAGUCGAGGCUGCAAUUGAAGCUCUCAACAAUGCUGUUUUGGAAGGACAAAAGAUACGUGUGAAUAAAGCUUAGGGUGGAAGCGAAGCUCAAGCUUUGAAGAUGGAAUAUUUUUUGUACUCGUAUGCUCUUUAGUAGUGCUAAUGUUACUUCACAAAGUUGGUCGAAAGAUUGAUAAGAGAAUUUUUCGAGUGUGUCCCUCAAGUACGUAGUGCUUAGCAGUAGUUGGCAUACUACUACGUGUUUUUUGGUAUCUUAGCCUUCACAAUUGUUGUAUUCUUAACUAGUAAAUCACUCCAGAAGGAUUAGUUAUCAAAUAAACAAGCUUUUGUUGACAAUUGACUACUCUCAAGUAUGAAUAUCAUCAAUGACAGCAUGAA